AUGUUCAUAGUACAGCAAAUGACCUCGGUAUCACAUUUGAUCGGGAACUUAACUUCCAUGAUCAUAUUGAAAAAAUCCUGUUGUAAGGCACUUAAAACACUUGGUUUCGUUGAGAGAGUCUCCAAUGAAUUUAACUUGUUAGCCCCGUUAAAAUCAUUGUACUGUGCUCUUGUACGACCUAUUCUAGAAUAUGUGAUGGUUAUUUGGGACCCUAAUACCGUAAUUGCUAAGAACCAAGUAGAGGGAGUCCAACGAAAAUUCUUAUAUUUUACUGCCAGGGUAUUCCAUAUUACUCACCAACCAUACGACUAUGAGCCAGUAUUAGCUAAACUUGGGUUAACAACACUUGCUGAUAGGCGUAUUUCUGCUAGUCAAGACUUUCUGAGAAAGUUUAUGGAUGGAUCAAUCGAAUGUCCUGAUUUAUUAUGUGAAAUUAAUUUCAAAAUCCCUAACUUCCAUCCUCGAUCACUUUAUCCUUUCUUCAUCCCCAUCUGUACCACUAAUUAUUCAUUUAACAGAUCUAUUUUCAAAAUUAUGCGCAUUACAAACGAGAACAUCCCCAAUUUCACUUUUGUAUAA